AGGGGGCACUCUAAAACUUCCGCUGCAUCGCCAUCUGUCCAUCUCCUGUUUUCGGAUCUCAAAACCCAAAUCUGAUCUGACCAUUGCUUCAUUGGAGGGGCAAUAUCUCCAAUGAGUUUGAGUCUGAACAGUGAACACCCAUCAAGUAUUCCACAAUCUACAUAUCUCCGGAAUAAGCCAGUUGCCAAUAGUCGACAAGUCCUUUUUGGAAUACAAAACUACCAAUGCACCCUUUAAGAAUACUUUCAGCACCCCAGACAGUCACUGCCGCCAGCAUUACUCAGCCCCAAACAUCAAGGGCAUAUCCGGUACUAAAUAAUUGUUGUCAACCCUUGAGUAAUACUCACACACCAAAGUUGUCACUGUACUCCUCCCUUUUUUCUCUCUCCUCUUCCCUCCCUUACCGCCGUUGCCAUCUUCGUUCUAACUGUGUUAGUCCGAUCAAUAUGGCGUUGGAUUCAGAAGUUCCUCAGGAUGAUAGAAUCUCAAGAAUCGCUUCUUCUAUUCGUAUCAUCCCUAACUUCCCUAAACCUGGCAUUAUGUUUCAGGAUAUCACUACCAUGCUCUUGGAUCCAAAGGCUUUCAAGGACACCAUUGAUUUGUUUGUUGAAAGAUACAAGGGGAAAGACAUCUCGGUUGUUGCAGGGGUCGAGGCUAGAGGCUUCAUUUUUGGUCCUCCCAUUGCAUUGGCCAUUGGAGCUAAAUUCGUUCCAAUGAGGAAGCCUGGGAAAUUACCUGGGGCUGUCAUUUCGGAGGAGUACUCAUUGGAAUACGGAACAGACAAAAUGGAGAUGCAUGUUGGUGCGGUAGAAGCAGGAGAGCGAGCUAUAAUCAUUGAUGAUCUCAUAGCUACUGGAGGGACCUUGUCUGCUGCACUUAAGCUGCUUGAGCGUGUAGGAGUGCAGGUUGUCGAGUCUGCCUGUCUUAUAGAGCUUCCAGAACUGAAGGGUCGAGAACGGUUAGGUGACAACCCUCUAUUUGUUCUUAUUAAAUCAGCUUGAUCGAAGCCUUCUCUGUAAUUGAGAAGUGACUUCUCAAGAUCACAAGUUUUCCACAUCUCCUUUACAUGAAACUCUUUCAAGCUCGCCGUGAAAGGUUAUACUAAUUAAGGAAGAUGUUUGAUUUCUGUGUAUCUUUUGAUUUGUAUUCCAUUGUUGCUUAAUAAGACUCGGGUGGUUUGCUCUGGGAUGAUGCAUUGUUAUAAGCCUGCAGAAUGUAGAGGAUGACCACAUUUUCUUUAUCGUAGGGAAUACAAUGAUGUUGAGAUUGUUGAUUUGAUUGAAAAUUUCGAAUCAGGUGAAUUCCAGAUUAAGAACUAAUUUUGUUGCAAACUUGCUUUGUGAGAUGUAUCGCAAUCUUGUUUUUGUGA